CUUUGGUUGCUGUUCAGAGCACAGCCAUCAGCGCUCGCGUCUGUGCAGUUGCCGCUGUGCAUUGAGAAGGCAUUGAUGCCGCGCGGCACCGGCCUCCGCAUGCUGGCCGCACUCGGCGCCGCGCGAGCAUUGGUGCUGCCGCGGCGAUGCGCCGCGCGCAGCCUAGUACGAUGCGCCGCCACGGACACGGAACGCGGCGCCCCGAAGCUCCCCAAAGGACAAUUUCGGCCGAAGCAGUCGCUCGGCCAGAACUACCUCCAAGACCCGAACUACGCGGCGCGCAUCGUCGACGCGUUGCAAUGUGAUUCCGAAAGAGGCAAGCGUGUCGUGGAAUUGGGUCCUGGACUCGGCGCAUUGACGAAGUUACUGUCCAGAGAGUACCCGGAAAUGGUGGCCGUAGAACUCGAUGAAAGAGCUAUACCCCUACUGCGAGAGAGGUACCCUGAACCUAUUACUAUCUUGGAAGGCGAUGUAUUGGCCGUGGACUACUCAGCCUUAUCUGCAGCCAGAGGUGGCAAACUGUCUAUAAUAGGCAACCUACCUUACUAUAUUACCUCACAAAUAUUGUUCUGCCUGUGCGACCACCACGCCUCCGUAAAAAAAGCCGUAGUGACGAUGCAGUGGGAGGUCGCGCAGAGAUUGGUGGCCAAGCCGCGGACGCGAGACUACGGUAUCCUAUCCGUGGUCUUCCAACUCUACGCUUCACCAAAAAUAACGUGCAAAAUCCCGAACACGGCCUUUUAUCCCGUGCCGAAGGUCACGUCGGCGCUCGUGACCGUCGACUUUCCCGAGGAUCGGGAAUUGUUCCCCGUGCAGCCCGCGAAACUACGCACCGUUCUGAACACGGCGUUCAGGCAAAGGCGCAAGAUGCUGCGCCAGUCGCUCAAAAGUAUCUUGAACGGGAAGCCGUGUCCCGAGGAAUUCGCUACCAAAAGACCGGAGGAGCUGAAGCCCGAGGAGUUCCUCGAGUUGACGGCGCUCAUCUUCGGGCGCGAUCCCGAAACGCCGGACUCGUCCGGCGAGGCCGUCUGGCGGACGCAGAAGCUGCGGGAGUAAUACUGUUGUGCAUCCUUCUCAAGCCCUCGUCGACGGCGUGAGGGAGGCGAUCGCGUCUGUCAAAUCGGGUUUUUCACGCAGCAAGGCAGCAUUUGGCUCAGCUAUAGCUCCUUUAGUAGCACUGGAU